AUGCUCGCAGCGCGCAACCAGGCCGCUCAGCUUGCUGGUCGCGUCGUCGCCCGUCGCGUGGCAGCUCCCGUCGUCGCUGCUGGCGCACGGCGUGCUCUGGCGCCUCAGAGCGCUCGGGCUCAUAUUCGGGCUAUACAGACUGUUGCUCAGACUGACCGGGAAACUAUCACUCGUCUGCUCUACUCGCUCGGGACCAAACGCGAGGUUGAGCGCUACCUGCGCAUCUUCUCGUCCUCCUCGAACCCGUCCGAGCCCGCGAAAUUUGCCGUCAUCAAAGUUGGUGGCGCCGUGCUCGAGCAGCUGGACGAGCUCGCGCUCAGCCUGAGCUUCCUUUACCGCGUUGGCCUGUACCCCGUCAUCCUUCACGGCGCAGGCCCACAGCUCAACGAGCUCAUCGAGCGCGAGGGCGUCGUACCGGACUACAUCGACGGUAUCCGAGUCACCGAUGCGAAGACCCUCCAAGUCGCGCGCCGCGUUUUCAUGGAGGAGAACCUGAAGAUCGUCGCAGCGCUCGAGAAGCUCGGCACACGCGCUCGCCCCAUUACCUCCGGCGUCUUUACCGCCGACUUCCUCGACAAGGAGAAGUACGGGCUCGUCGGAAAGAUCACCAAGAUUGACAAGCGCCCGCUCGAAGCGUCUAUCCGCGCCGGCGCACUUCCCAUUCUCACCAGUCUCGCCGAGAGCGCCGACGGUCAGAUUCUCAAUGUCAACGCUGACAUCGCCGCCGGUGAGCUCUCAAAGGAGCUUGAGCCCAUGAAGAUUGUGUACCUCAACGAGAAGGGCGGUCUCUUCCACGGCGUUACUGGCGAGCGUCUCAGCGUCAUCAACCUCGACGAGGAGUACGACGGUCUCAUGAAGCAGUCCUGGGUGAAGUACGGCACCAAGCUCAAGAUUCGCGAGAUCAAGGAGCUGCUUGACCACCUCCCACGCUCUUCCUCCGUCGCCAUCAUCUCGGUCGACUCGCUCCAGAAGGAGCUGUUCACCGACUCGGGUGCUGGCACGCUCAUCCGUCGCGGCUACAAGCUCUUCAAGCACCACACCAUUGAGGAGGUCGGCGCCGACCGCCUGCGCCAGCUCAUCAAGGACCGCGACCCCGACGUCCUCUCUGGUGCUCAGAGCGUGACCGAGGUUCUGAACACCAUCAAGCAGACCCCCUUCACCAUCUACGGUGACGAGCCUCUCGACGCCGUCGCGAUUGUCUCCCACCCGGAGGGCGAGGUGCCCGUCCUGACGAAGCUCCUUACUUCGCGCGCAGGCGUGAUGAACAGCGUAGUCGACAACGUCUUCGCCUCCAUCAAGAAGGACCACCGCCGUCUGUUCUGGACUGCGCACGCCGAGGACGAGAACCGUGCCUGGCACUUCGAGCGCGCUGAUGGCUCGUUCACGCGCGCGGGCAAGAGCCUGUUCUACUACGGCGUGCAGGACGUCAAGGAAGUUGAGCGCAUCAUCGGCGACCUUGAGACCAAGGGCCGCAUUCCCCGCUCGUACCUCCCCGUCGGCCCAUCUGCGCCGCCGCACCGUGCCGGUGCCACGCCCAGCGCUGCCCGCUCCUUCUCGACGCUCGCACAUCGCGUCCCCGGAAGCUCACGCGGCUACGCCACCGCCGCACCGAGCACCUCGCCCAAGAAACUCGCGCUCAUCGGCGCACGCGGCUACACCGGCUCCGAGCUCGUCAAUCUCGUCUCCUCUCACCCGCACCUCGACCUCUCGCACGUCUCCUCCCGCCAACUCGCCGGACGCGCGCUAGACGGGUACAAAAAGUCCGCCCUGAACUACUCGAACCUGUCCGUCGAGGACGUCGAGCGGAUGGAGAAGGACGGCGAGGUCGAUGCUUGGGUGCUUGCUCUGCCCAACGGCGCGGCAAAGCCUUUCGUCGAUGCUAUUGAUCGCGGGAAGGGGAAGGGCGUGGUGGUCGAUCUGAGUGCGGAUUACCGUUUUGAGGAGGGCUGGACGUACGGGCUGCCUGAACUGUACGGCCGUGACAAGAUCCGUGCCUCAAAGCGUAUCGCGAACCCAGGAUGCUACUCCACGAGUGCGCAACUGCUCAUCGCGCCUCUUCUUCCGCUUCUCUCGCCGCCCGCAUGGCCCACUGUAUUCGGCAUGUCAGGCUACUCGGGCGCAGGGACCGUUGCAGGCGCCACAUCUCCCGACGGACAACCCACGACAGUGCCCAAAGUCUCCCCCGAAAGUCUCGCAGGCGGUGUCCGUCCCUACGCUCUCACAGACCACAUCCACGAGCGCGAAGCCGGCACACACCUCUCUACCAUCGGCGCGCAGCGCGUCCAGCUCGGCUUCAUCCCUAGUGUCGCGCCCUGGCACAGCGGUAUCAUCAGCGUCCUAAACAUGCCCUUGAACCGCGCCGCGAGCGCGCGGGAGGUGAAGGGGUUGUACGAGGAGAAGUACGCUGAUGAGAAACUGGUCAGGAUCCAGGGUCCGGUGCCGGAGGUUAAGGAUGUGCAGGGACGGCAUGGGUGGACCGUUGGUGGAUUCCAGGUACAUUCGAGUGGUGAGAGGGCUGUUGUUGUUGGUGGGUUGGAUAACUUGCUUAAGGGCGCUGCUACGCAGUGCUUGCAGAACUUAAACCUUGCGCUCGGAUACGACGAGUACGCUGGUAUCCCUACUGAAAACUGA